AUGCUGAACCAAGUCACUCAAAAAAUCACAAAGAUGCAUGCCAGACGGAACCCCGGUCUGUCGUUGCAGCCGACAGCUCAAUAUUCGCAACUGGAACCCCCACCUCACUCGGCUACCUCUAGCGCUUUUCUCUCUCCGACACUGCCCUCCCGGCGCGGACUACUUGCGAGAUCUCCCCCCGCCAGCCCGAGCCUUCCGAGCCUACUACCCAAACAUGGAAAGAUCCCGCACCCGAACCAUGGAAAGUUUGUAAAGAGGAUACUUUUGGGAUGCUGUGGCGUAGCUUUUCUGCUGUGGAUUGUACUAAGGCACAUCUACACAAACUCGCAUUACGCCACACCUUAUGACGACGAGGUUGAGGAUGAGUGGGAAAUGGUUGGUGGUAGCCGGUUGCCACAUGAGCCGUCUGCUGUUGCGCUCAUAGAUGCAAAGGGCAAAAUGAGGUGGACCGUGUCGAUUCCGUCAACUUAUGAUUUCCCGCUGCAACCGGCGCAGUACCGCGAGAUAUGCCACCAGGCAAUGGAAGUGUCCAAGGAAGUCAGUCAGGGGUCUAAGAAAUCGGCGAGUCAUGCUAGGAGGAUGGUGCCUUAUAACCAAAAGGAUCAGUACUACAUUGAUAUUAAAGAGGCGGAGGAACAGGCACUGUUGCCACCUGCCAAGUCAAAGGGAAGGCCAAAGAACUUUGUCGAGGAUCAGGCUAUGAAGGAUGGGGCUUCGACAGAGGGGCUCAAGGUCUGUGAAAGGAGCUUGACCUACGUCAUGGAGACUGGAGAUGCUGGGUUUGGAAAUACACUGAUGCGGUUGUGGAUGUCGUAUGGUCUGGCGAAGACUGAGAACCGUGCUUUCUUCAUUGACGACUCUCGCUGGCCUUAUGGCAAGUACUCGACCUACUUCCAACCCCCACCCUCUGCAGGCUGUCUUCCUCCCCCGCCAUCCCAUAUCGUCCCUUGCCCCCACUCCGCGAACCACCUCAUCGUCAGUGAUGCAACAGUAAAGAGCACCUUUGGCCAUGCCUUCACCGAGCAAUACGAAGACGCCAGAAAAGUCGGUGUCCUCCGCCAAUCCAAGAUCUUCGCCCUCGCCCGCACCGGCUACGAAGCCCUCUUCAAGCUCCGUACCGAUGACGAAGCCUACGUGCUCCAAAAAUCCCACGACAUGUACGGCGCCGUCAAACUCGAAGGCGGCCUCAGCAUCGGCAUGCACGUCCGCCACGGCGACAAACACCCCAUGGAAUACCAAUACGCAAAAGACUACAUCCCCCUCGCCCGCUACAUCGAAACCGCUCGCGACCUCUACAUUGAAAUCGUCGAAGGCGAAUCCAAACGCUCUAAGAAACGCUCUUCCUCCUCUCGCUCCUCAUCCCCGUUAACCCCUCGCCACACCAGCUCCAAAAUGAUCCUCGCCUCCGACGACCCCCUCGUCUACGACUCGCCCGAACUCGGUCCAAACAGCAUCCGCGCCCAAGACCGCAUCGUCCUCGCCACCAAACAGCAGCUCGAAGCCGCACAAAAGGAGCCCAAGAAAAACCCUUGGAUCGAUGAAGUCACGGGUUGGGAGGGAGGAUUCUACCACGACGUCUUUUUCUCCCUCGGCCAACCCGUCGGAAAUGCAAAGGAUAUGAAGGAAUUUAUCAAAAACCCCGCCUCCGACGUCCCGGAAUCCGCGAUGAAGCUAAGGGAAUUGGUAGGACGCGCGUACCUGCUUGAUCUCGCAGUGCUGGGCAAAGCCGAUACGGUUAUCUGCACGGUGAGCAGUGUGAGUUGUCGGCUUCUGGGCGUGAUGAUGGGAUGGAGCGAAGCGAUUGAAGGAAGGAAGUGGAGAAAUAUUGAUGGCUCGUUUGAGUGGAGGGGAAUCAUUUGGUGA